CUCCCUCCCCUUCCUCCCCUUCCUCCCCUUCCUCCUCUUCCUCCCCCUCCUCCCCUUCCUCCUCUCCUUCCUCUUCCUCCUCUUCCUCCCCCUCCUCCCCUUCCUCCUCUCCUUCCUCUUCCUCCUUUUCCUCCCCUUCCUCCUCCCCCUCCUCCUCUCCCUCCCCUUCCUCCUCUUCUUCCUCCUCUCCUUCCUCUUCCUCCUCUUCCUCCUUUUCCUCCCCUUCCUCCUCCUCUCCCUCCUCCUCUCCCUCCCCUUCCUCCUCUCCCUCCUCUUCCUCUUCCUCCCCCUCUUCCUCCUUUUCCUCCCCUUCCUCCUCCUCCUCUCCCUCCUCUUCCUCUCCUUCCUCCUCUCCCUCCCCUUCCUCCUCUCCCUCUUCUUCCUCUUCCUCCUCUCCCUCCUCUCCCUCCUCUUCCUCUCCUUCCUCCUCUCCCUCCCCUUCCUCCUCUCCCUCCUCUUCCUCCUCCUCUUCCUCCUCUCCCUCCUCUUCCUCUCCUUCCUCCUCUCCCUCCCCUUCCUCCUCUCCCUCCUCUUCCUCUUCCUCCCCCUCUUCCUCCUUUUCCUCCCCUUCCUCCUCCUCUUCCUCCUCUCCCUCCUCUUCCUCUCCUUCCUCCUCUCCCUCCCCUUCCUCCUCUCCCUCCUCUUCCUCCCCCUCUUCCUCCUUUUCCUCCCCUUCCUCCUCCUCCUCUUCCUCCUCUCCCUCCUCUUCCUCUCCUUCCUCCUCUCCCUCCCCUUCCUCCUCUCCCUCUUCUUCCUCUUCCUCCUCUCCCUCCUCUCCCUCCUCUUCCUCUCCUUCCUCUCCUUCCUCCUCUCCCUCCCCUUCCUCCUCUCCCUCCUCUUCCUCCUCCUCUUCCUCCUCUCCCUCCUCUUCCUCUCCUUCCUCCUCUCCCUCCUCUUCCUCUUCCUCCCCCUCUUCCUCCUUUUCCUCCCCUUCCUCCUCCUCCUCCUCUUCCUCCUCUCCCUCCUCUCCCUCCUCUUCCUCUCCUUCCUCGUCUCCCUCCCCUUCCUCCUCUUCCUCCCCCUCCUCCUCUUCCUCCCCCUCCUCCUCUCCCUCUUCUUCCUCCUCCUCUUCCUCCCCCUCUUCCUCCCCCUCUUCCUCCCCUUCCUCCUCUUCCUCCCCUUCCUCCCCCUCCCCCUCCUCUUCCUCCCCCUCCUCCUCCUCCUCUCCCUCCUCUUCCUCCCCCUCCUCCUCUUCCUCCCCCUCUUCCUCCCCUUCCUCCCCUUCCUCCUCCUCCUCCUCUUCCUCCCCCUCCUCUCCCUCCUCUUCCUCCCCUUCCUCCUCCUCUUCCUCCCCCUCCUCUUCCUCCCUCCCCUCCUCCUCUUCCUCCCCUUCCUCCUCCUCCUCCUCCCCCUCCUCUUCCUCCCCCUCUUCCUCCUCUCCCUCCCCUUCCUCCUCUUCCUCCUCCUCCUCCUCCCCCUCCUCUUCCUCCCCCUCCUCCCCCUCUUCCUGGGGGGUCACUGUCCCUGCUCUGUGCUUUGUUCCUCCUGUGCUGUACAGCCAACCUCAGCAGCUCUGGAAACACACCAUUAUCAUAUUAUUUAUGA